GGCGGGAGCAGCAGGAGAAGCGGGAGCAGCAGUGGGGGGUGAGGGAGCAGAGGAGACGAGCAGUGGGGAUGUGGGGAAGAAGGUGAAGGGAGAGAGCUCUGAGGACAGCAGCACUUCUGAGGAUGACGAGGAGGAAGAGGAGGCUGAGGAUGGAGCGGCAGGUGAUGCUGACAAGAAGAAAGGCACUGAGGAAGAUGGGAAGGGAGGCACAGGGCACAAGGCGAAGGAGAUGGGGAAGGGGAAGAAGAAGAAGAAGCGGUCUCACGGAGUGGCCAUAUGCGCUGUCAGGCACAGUGGCAGCAGCGGUGCAGGGCAUCAUUCUGCCCCUCUUCGCCCUCAUCCUCUCCCGCAUCAUCACCGUCUUCUACAACCUAGACAAGGCCAAGAUGCGGCAGGACGCGGACUUCUGGUCGCUCAUGUUUGUGAUCCUGGCCGUGGUGGCGUGGGUGUCGCGCACGCUGCAGACGUUCCUCUUCAGCGUCGCGGGGCAGCGCCUCAUCCGCCGCAUCCGCCGCCUGUGCUUCCACUCCGUGCUCCGCCAGGAGAUGGCCUGGUUCGACCGGGAUGAGAACUCCAGCGGUGCCAUCGGCUCUCGUCUCUCCUCAGAUGCGACGCACGUGCACUCUAUAGUGGGCGACCGGCUCUCCUUGGUGGUGCAGAAUGCAGCAACACUCAUAGCGGGGCUCAUCAUCGCCUUCUCCUCCUCGUGGAUCCUCUCCUUCAUCGUCCUCGCGCAGCUGCCGCUCAUUGCUGCUGGCUCGAUCUUUCAGAUGCAGAGCCUGCAGGGAUUCGCCACCGAUGCCAAGCAAGCGUACGAGGCGGCGACACGCAUUGCAUCGGAUGCAGUAGGGGCGAUGCGCACAGUGGCGUCGUUUGCAGCAGAGGGGCGUGUCAUGGCGCUGUACCGGGCCACUGCUGCGGCGCCCGUCAAGGCGGGGCUGAAAAAGGCGCAGGUCAGCGGGGCGGGGUUUGCCUUUGGGCAGUUCUGUCUGUUUGCUGUGUACGGCUUUUCCUUCUGGUGCGGGGGGCAGCUUGUUAAGAUCGGCCAGGCUGACUUCCAGUCCGUCUUUCAGUCAUUCUUCGCAGUGGUCUUCACAGCCAUGGGCGUGGCUCAAACAGCCAGUCUAGCCCCGGACAUGGCAACGGCGCAGGCAGCAGUGAAGUCCAUCUUCAAGCUGCUGGACCGCCGCUCGCGCAUCGACCCAGAGGCGCCGGGGGAGCGGCCAGAGGAGGGCGUGGGAGGGGAGGUGCGGUUUGAGGGAGUCGUUUUUGCGUACCCGUCCCGACCACACCUCACCAUUCUACAGGACUUCACACUCACCAUUCCGGCCGGAAAGACCGUUGCGCUGGUGGGGGAGAGCGGCAGCGGCAAGUCGACGGUGGUGGCGCUGGUGGAGCGCUUCUACGACCCGCAGAGCGGAGCCGUGCUGCUGGACGGCUGCAGCAUCGCCGCGCUCAACCUGCGCUGGCUGCGCCGCCACAUGGGGCUCGUCAGCCAGGAGCCCGCGCUCUUCAACAUCCCCAUCCGCGACAACAUUGCAUACGGCCGCGCUGCCACUUAUGUUCCCAGCGGUGGUGCUGAUGGUGUUGACGCUGAUGGUCUUCCCAUCGGCGGCCAGAAGAAGGGCUUCUGGCACUUUGGAGACAGCAGGGGCAGCCGUGAUUUCAAGAGGAGCCACGACUUCAGGAUGAGUAGGGAGAGUGCCGGGAGUGGCACUGAUGGGGGAGAGGAAGAAGAGGAGCUAGAGGCAGUGACUGAGACGGAGAUAGUUGAGGCUGCUAAGGCCGCCAAUGCACAUGGCUUCAUCUCCUCACUUCCUGAUGGGUAUGACACACUGGUGGGGGAGCGCGGCACGCAGCUGAGUGGCGGGCAGAAGCAGCGCGUGGCGAUCGCGCGUGCGAUCCUCAAGGACCCACGAGUGCUGCUAUUGGAUGAGGCCACGUCAGCGCUGGACGCGGAGAGUGAGAAGGUGGUGCAGGCGGCACUGGAAAAGGUCAUGGUGGGCCGCACCACCGUGGUCGUGGCGCACCGCCUCUCCACUGUGCGCGCGGCGGAUUGCAUUGUGGUGAUGCAGAAGGGACGGGUAGUGGAGCAGGGCACGCAUGACGAGUUGCUCACAAAGAAAGGCGCGUAUCACUUAUUGGUCUCUGCCCAGCGUUAGUGAAAUUAGUAACUAGGGGGUGGUGAACAGUCUGCAGGUAUAUGGGUAUCCUAGAUCUUAUACCGCGAUAUACUCAUAUUGAGAACGAGGCAAUUGAUGGAGGCUGAGUCUCUGCAACGGUUGCAAAUGCCUGCGGUUGCCCUUUGCAUUGGUUAGCUUAGCACCAGGCCCUAAGAUUGGUUUUUGGGUGUUGGGCUGAGAAAAGCCCUUAGGAUCUUUCCAGAGACUAAGUCCCAGUUGAAGAAUGAGACUUGAGUAGUGCAGCGGAAGUUGAGUAGUUGAACCCUUGUACUAGUAUAUGAGAACAAG